AUGAGCUCCAUCUUUCUUCCCCAUCUCCGAACAGGCUGGCAUGUGGACCAGGCCAUUCUCUCAGAAGAUGAUCGACUUGUGAUUAUUCGCUUUGGCAAGGAUUAUGACCGUCUGUGCAUGAUUAUGGAUGAGAUUUUAUACGGAAUAGCAGAAAAGGUAAAGAACUUCGCUUCAGUUUACCUAUGUGACAUUGAACAAGUUCCAGACUUCAACGAAAUGUACGAGCUUUACGACCCGUGCACAGUGAUGUUCUUCUAUAGAAACAAGCACAUGAUGUGUGACUUUGGUACGGGAAACAACAACAAGUUGAACUUUCCCAUCGACAACAAGCAAGACAUGAUCGACAUCAUCGAGACCAUCUACAGAGGUGCCAUCAAGGGAAAAGGUUUGGUGGUGAGUCCUAAGGACUACAGCAGUGUGAGGACUCGGUGA